AUGCGCUGCUGCAGGUCAGCCAUGCGCGCCGCUGUGCACGUAGCAGUGUGCCAGUAUGUAUGUUCAUCACCCAAUGCAUGCCCCAUACCUUCCCCCUCCCAUAUCUUCCCCCUCCCGUGCCCUUUUCCUUCCGAUACUCUCACGCCCCUUCCCCUCCCACAGCCAGCCCUUCCCCCUUCUCAUGCCCCCCUUCCUCUCAUGCCCCCCUUCCUCCCGUGCCCCCCUUCCUCCCAUGCCCCCCUUCCUCCCAUGCCCCCCCUCCUCCCACGCCCGUCCCCCUCACUGCACUGCACCCCGGCCCGCCCUGGGCAGGAGAUGGAGCGGAGGGGUCCUGCACCAGAUGCGGCGGUGUUCCACGUGGUGAUGGAGGGCGAGCGCCAUGCGGAGGCCGUCACGGCACUGCUGGACGCCAUGGCGCGCUGCCACGUGCCGCCCACUGAGAGGACCUUCAGUGUGGCGAUGGCGUGCAUGGGGCGGGCGGGGGACGUGGCGGCAGCGGAGGCACUGUGGCACCGCAUGACGGCCGCCCACAUCGCCCCCUCGCCCUUCGCCUUCUGUGCCCUCGCCCAUGUGUACGGGCAGGCGGGCAUGGUGGAGCGGUGUGCGGGUGUGGUGCAGCAGAUGGAGACAAGCCUCGCGCACACGCGGAGACGGCAGGCACGCGGCACAGCGAGGCGGGUGGGGAGUGCUGCCCUCCGAGACACCCCGGAUUGGCCCGCCUCAUGUGGCGCCGUGGGGGCAGUCAGGGGGGAGGGGGGAGGGAUGGGCGCAGCGGAGGAGAUGGGGGCGGUGGGAGGCAUGGCAGGAGGGGUGGAGAGCGGUGGGGAUGGUGGUGUUGGGAGGGCGAGUGGAGAAGAGGGAAUGAAGAGGCGAGGGCGAGGGAGAAGGUUGCAUGUGGCAGGGGUGGGGGAGGAGAGGGACGGCGGGGGGGCGGAAGGGCAGCACAGCGGGCGGAUGGCGGCGGCCAGGGGAGGCACACACGCAAGUAACAGGAUGUUGCUGACGUCAGCCCACAACAUUCUGAUUGGCGCCCAUGCUGGGCGUGGCGAUGCGGAGGCGGCCGUGGCGGUGCUGCGGGGGAUGCGACGAAAAGGCCUGCAGCCGUGCAUGCGCAGCUUCAACGCAGCAGCGCUGGCGUGCAUGAGGGCGAGGCGGGUGGAGCGCGCCGUGCGCCUGCUGGGGGAGGCGCAGCGCCAAGGGCUGCCGCCCACCGCUGCCACCUUCGCCCUCCUCAUUCAAGCAGGGGGGCACAUGCGGCGGGCGGGCAUGGUGGAGGCAGCGCUGCACCGCAUGGCACUCGCUGGCUGCCCGCAUGAUGCCGUGACGUACCGCAGUGCGGUGUAUGCGUGGGUGCGGUGUGGCGAGGGCGGGCGCGCGCUGGAGGUGCUGCAGGAGAUGGUGGCGGCCGGCCACCCGCCCGCCAUGACCGUGCCGGACGUGCUCAUCAAGGUGACGUGCUCAUCAAGGUGUGCUCAUCAAGGUGUGCUCAUCAAGGUGUGCUCAUCAAGGUGUGCUCAUCAAGGUGUGCUCAUCAAGGUGUGCUCAUCAAGGUGUGCUCAUCAAGGUGUGCUCAUCAAGGUGUGCUCAUCAAGGUGUGCUCGUCAAGGUGUGCUCAUCAAGGUGUGCUCAUCAAGGUGUGCUCAUCAAGGUGUGCUCAUCAAGGUGUGCUUAUCAAGGUGUGCUCAUCAAGGUGUGCUCAUCAAGGUGUGCCUGACGUCAAACCUCAAGCUCGAGGAAGAAUGGUUGUGUGUAUGGGUACAAUAG